UUGUUGGAAUUCUUUGUAUGCUGGCGCUUGGAAUUGGAAUUUUACUCAAAAAACGAAUGACAAGAUGCAAAGUGCUAAGGGAAUUGUUUCAACAUCAAUUUUUGGGACAGGGAGCAUUGGUGCACUAAUUAGCAGUCUGAUGUCACUUAGAAAUUUUUUCUCUAAGGAUAAAGUAGCCGACGAUGAAUGUGAUGAUAAAACUGCUGAAGAUUCAAUAAAAAAUGAAGAUGAUAAUAAACUUGAAGAAAUAAUACAAUUUAUAAAAGGACUUAUCAUUAUUAUUUUCCUCUGUUUUUCUGGUCUUUGUUUAUGGGGAAUUGUUGCUACUUUCUUUUGCUUUGAAUAUAUCAUUCCAUUAAUAGAAGACAAAAAUAAGAAUGGAAGUGAGGACAAAAGUAAGAACAAAGAUGGGAAUGGAAGUGAGGACAAAAGUAAGAACAAAGAUGGGAAUGGAAGUGAGGACAAAAGUAAGAACAAAGAUGGGAAUGGAAGUGAGGACAAAAGUAAAAACAAAGAUGGGAAUGGAAGUGAGGACAAAAGUAAGAACAAAGAUGGGAACGAUAGUGGAGAAUUUCAUCUGACACUCGAAUUAGACGAUAUUGUAAAAAGAGCCGGGAAAAAUUUUAAGCAACCUUUGAAGAUUUUAAUACAAAUUUUUUUGUGGAUCACAUUCUUUAAUAUUUCAUUUAUUGGUCUAAUAUCACAAGAAGACGAUAAGGCUUGCCUACUAAGAAUAACUAUAAAUAAACAAGAAAAAAACAAAGUUGAUGCUAUUCUUUUUGGUCUAUCAGCAGAACACCAUAAUAAAAAACACGAACCAAAAAAACACAACC